CAAUGUUGGCCUUGUGCACGGGACUCCACUGGAAGAAUCCAUCGAGGACACCAUGUGAAACACCAGGAUGAAAAGUGUUUUUUAGCUAUUUGUCCCCGAGGCCCGAACGGGCAGAGUUUAGUCUAGCAUGAGACAGCAGAGGGUGAGCAGCCCAGUUUUCACACACUAAAGGUGAUGAGGGGCACUAAAAUACUAAGCCGGAAAUUGUAGAAGUGGAAACCAUCACGCACGCAGUAUGUUCAAGACCAGCUACCGGCAUGAGGUGCGCAAGGAGAAGUACGAGCGCACCGAUGUCUUUGAGGAGCCCAUCAGCCCAGAGAUGGAGUCGGCUCCGGCCGGCGGGCCCUCGACAGUCAAGGGCUGGGAGAGCCUCCAGGAACUAAACAGCCGCUUUGCGCGUUACAUCAACCGAGCGCGUGUGCUGGAGCAGCGCAAUGCUGUGUUCCGCAAACAGCUGGAGACUCUUCAGCGCAUGGAGGAGGCGCCAGGGCUGGAGGAGGUCUUUAGCGAGCAGAUCAGCGUCAACAGACAGCGCACCCGGGAGCUGCUGUCGGACCGAGCCAAGCUGGAGAGAGAACUCAAAGAUGCAGAACGCAUGCUGGAUGAGUACAACAGCAGAUACAGAAAUGAAUGUGAAUAUCAAGAGCAGCUGCGGCAUACGCUGGAACAGCUCAAUAAGGAAGCCGACACGGUUCUAUUGAGAAACCUUGAUUAUCAAAUCCAGCUGCAGUUCCUGCAAGAUGACGUCAACGCCACCAAAGAGAGGUACAAAAAGAACCUCACUGAAAUCCAGACGUAUCUAAACAUCCUGCACCAGAUCAACCAGACUAUUCCCCUCAUGGCGAGCGCGUCCGUCUCGAAGGAUCAAGAGCGGCUGAAUGCUCAGAGGUGCGUGCCAGUGCUGCGCAGUCAGAUAGAGGAUUACAAGAGCGCCAUCUGCCAGCUCCAGGCACAGAAACAGCGGCUGCAGACCGAGACCUCUGUGUUGGAACAAACCAUCAAGACCACACAAGAGAGCUGCGACGACAAGAUCCAGCUGUACAACGGGCAAAUCGAGACCCUCAGGAAGGAGAUCGAAGAGGCCGAGAGGUCACUGGAGAAAUACACCAACGACUGUCGACAGCUGGCCAUGUACCAGACCUCUCUGGAGAACGAGCUGGAGAGGUACACGAGAAUCAUUGAGAAUGAAGACAACAGAUUGAACUCCGUGAUAAUUGGGACACCCAUUACUUUGCUCACAACCAAUUAUAAAUACAGCCAUAGUCCUAUCAUGACCAAGAAAGGAAAAGAUAUCACCCAAGUCAUCCAAGGCAUCACCAACGUAAAACCUCAUCAGAAGUACUUGGCUAAGAAAGUGUUUAAAAAGAAAGAGAUCACAUCCAAAGGAGCUAGUCGACUUGAGGAUAAGCCAGCCGAAGAAUUUGAAGAGGAUGAGAAAGGACUGAUGGAGGAGCAGGGGGUGGGAAGCGAGGAGCAUGUUCCUUGUGAGGAUGUGCCUGAUGGUGCCCAGAUCAGCAAAGCAUUUGACACGCUCUGUAACAUCAUACGCGACCGCAUGAGGCGGGUACAGAGGCCAGAGCCGAUCGCUGACUUCUUCACCAGGGGACGCUAUGUACUAGUGACAGGCGACUCUAGCUACCUGGACCCCUGCUUCUUUUCAACCACCCCUUCUGCUAGUCACGUCUACGUCACAAUCCAAGAUGGCAUGAUGCCUUAUGAUCCAUACUGGAGAGGCACACCUUCACCUGUCCCGAGCACCCCUUCUGGACCAACACCCUUAACCCCUUCCACACCUUCAGAACCAGAAACGGGAAAAGACGAUGGAGGUAGGAAGGAGGGUGGAAAUGGGGAGAGGGGAAAAUCCAAAAAUGGAGAGCCUCAUCCAAAGACGAAAGAACCAGAACCGAGCCCCAGUUCACCGCCAGGCCCUCAUGACGACAAAGGCCCCAGCCCUCCGCCAGGCCCCAGGCAGCCCUCACCCCAACGUGGCGGCAAGGGCAAGACCUCGGACGAUCCCAGCAGCUUCCAACACCCUCCACCCAUGCCAUCACCCAGUUCCAUCCCCUCUGACUCCAUGACUUACGAGAAGGUAGAAGUAGUGGAGUCGGUGGAGAAGCUCUCACAUGACAAAAAAGUGAAGGGCUAUGAAGAGACAACCACAGUGGUGGAGACCAUGAUUGAGAAGACCAGCAGAAAGAAACACGCCAAUAGAUCCUCUUGAAACCUUUCAAACAUUCCGCACGUUCUAUCCAUUUCUGCCUCGGACCUGCUCCAGUUUUGACUCCUACCUGCUGUUGACGAGAUUCCUAGUGCUGCGCUGUUAACUUCUUGCACCACUGCACCAUUGCCUUUGGCCUUUACUGUCUGAAAACUUGGGAAGCCAAAACUUAAAUGCCCCAUAUUCCCCCCACGCACAAAAAUAAAUGUUGUAACUGAGAACCUUGACACAGAAAACAUUAACUGCCAGUUUUAAUUGAAUUCACAGACUCUAUUCCAAAACCUAGUGAGCCUUCUAGGGCACCAUCCUUACUGAAACUGAACUUCUUAAGCGAUUGAUUUGGAACAUUCUACCUAGAGCUACUUAAAAAGUGCACAGGGGAAUCUCUGUUCAACAAAUGGUUUCCAAAGAGUUUGGUGUUACCAUGGUGCUAAGCUAAUGAAGUAUGUUCAUAAAUUUAUAAUCAUAAAAAGAGAGAGCAUACACAUGGUAAAAUGUUUCAGUUUUAUAUUUUAUAUUCUGCAUUUUCUCUUGCUUCAUCUGCAAUCUUGGAUGGAUAUUCUUACUCUGGGAGUGCCUUCUCUGCAAAAGAUACUUGCAAUGCUGCCUUAGAAUUUUUCCACGUCUCGGUAUCGUAGGAGGCAGUGAAACAAAAGCUGCCUACCUUUUGGAACAGCCUUAUCAUCGGGAGUACGCCUAUGAUACCUUAACAUGCUGCCUAGGUAGGCAGUUCCCUAGGUUGUGGAAUAGAGCCAUAUAGCCACCACAAUUAACAUGUAGAGUAUCACCCUCUCUCGCCCUUAACCUCAGGUCAAACCAAAGCAAAUGUUUAGUUUUAUUUGCUACUAUUUUGUUCAAUUUAAGACACCAGCAUUGCCCACCACAGUCUUGAUGUGUAACUGCGACUCAAAUAAACAUCAAACCACAAAAAUCUCAA